UUAUCCAAAGUGGUUGGUCUUCUUCUUCCCCUGAAGUCAGGUACUCGAUCACAAAAUAUUGACAGGGACGCAACUCAUAUACUCUCUAAUUUAUUCAUCACAUCACAUCCUAUUUUUAUACGUUUGAACAAAACCGGCGCAAAAUUUAAUCCGAAAAUCCCAAUUCUGCUAUUACAUGAUGCCGUUGCCGCAACCACCACCACCACCGUCACCGUCAACCCCUUCGUCCUGAUGUGCUGGACCAAAAAGAGCACGCAGGCGAUUGAGCCCAAGAGCCCCAACAAAUCCCGAACCCCAAAAUCCUCCUCCUCCUUUCCUGUAGCAGAGCCCUACUCCACCACUUUCAGCGCCAACGAGAACAACUCCAGCUACAACUUCUCCUCCAAGUCCUCCACCUCCUCCAUCGCCUCCCUCAAGUCCCUCAAAUCUUCUCUCCCCGAAAACCCCAUCAUCUACGACAUGUCUGAAAUCCGCUCCGCCACCGCCAACUUCCUCGCCCGCCGCCUCUCCUCCUCCUCCACAUCCUCCUCCUGGCGCUGCUCCCUCCGCGGCAAAGACGUUGUCGUUUUCCAGCGCAAGUCCCGCCUCCCCAUCUCCCUCGCCGACCUCCAACACCGCCUCGCCCAAAUCUCCAAAUCCAACCACACCAGCAUCAUCAAGCUCCUCGGCGCCUCCCUCUCCGGCAGCUACGUCUACCUCGUCUACGAAUUCGUCGCCGGCGCCACCCUCGCCGAUUGCCUAAGGAACCCUAAGAACCCGAAUUACACCGUUUUGCCCACGUGGCUCUCCCGGAUGCAGGUCGCCACCGACCUGGCCCACGGCCUCGAUUACAUCCACCACAGCUUCGGCCUCAACUCCACCUUCGUCCACAACCACAUCAAAAGCUCCAGCAUCAUCGUCUCCGACCAGGAACACGUCGUGCUCAACGCCAAGAUCUGCCAUUUCGGCACCGCGGACCUCUGCGGCGAGAACCACGCUCGGUCGACGAAGGUGGAGGGCACCAGAGGUUACAUGGCGCCCGAGUUUCAGCUCAGCGGGACCGUGACGCAGAAGUGCGAUGUCUAUGCCUUCGGGGUUGUGCUGCUGGAGCUGAUUUCAGGGGAGGAGCCACUGAAGUACAUGAUGGAUGACAAUGGCGGAGAUGGAGUGUAUAGGAGGGUGAGUGCGAUCGAGACGGCGAGAGAGGCGAUAAGGAUCGGCGGCGGCGGGGUGAGGAGGUGGGUCGAUCGGAGGUUGAAGGACUCGUUUCCGAUGGACGUGGCGGAGAAGAUGGUGAUGUUGGCGUUGGAGUGCGUGGCGGAGGAUCCGGACAGGCGACCGGAUAUGGGUCGGGUUGCGGGUUUGGUAUCGAAGCUGUUUUUGGAGUCGCAGAGUUGGGCUGAGAAAAUGGGCGUGCCUGUUGACAUGUCGAUUACAUUUGGCCCCCGAUGAUAUUGCUAUUGGUUUUUUGGGUUCAAUUUUGUUUUGGAGUUUUGGGUUUUUUGAUAUUUUUAGGUUCAUCACAAAUUGUGAAGAGGGAUUGGGGGAUGCUGUAUACUUGUAUAUUUGAUUUGAUGCUGUGAAUAAUUUCACAUGCAAAAAUCAUUCAUUAAGCUCAAAGAACUGACUGAAAGUUACACAA